CGUCAAGCACCAUGGGCAAAGUUCACGGAUCUCUCGCGCGUGCCGGUAAGGUCAAGUCGCAAACACCAAAGGUUGACAAGCAGGAGAAGAAGAAAACGCCCAAGGGCCGUGCGAAGAAGCGCAUCUUGUACAACCGCAGAUUCGUGAACGUAACGACGCUCCCUGGAGGCAAGCGGAGAAUGAACCCCAACCCUGAGAAAUAAAUGCACUCGUGGGGUAUUGUCUCCCCCGGUCAGAGAGCCGGAGGACCAUUGUCAUGAUAGAAGUGGAGGACGGGAGGGACCACCUAAUCGUCGUUUUGCAAUACUGGCAUCUUUUUAUAUAUCUCGUCUCCCUUUCCCUCGAGUUGCAAGUGCAGCGUUUUCUUCGUUGCAUUGCGCUUUUCAAUAUCAUCCACUCGUUGGAUUUUGGCUCCAGUUGUGCAUUCACCUGACAAAAUUUGUAAUUCCUGCAUCAUUCUUAUGCUACGAUAUGCACUAUGCCCAAUCCAACACUGUCAGUUGUAAAAUGAAAGGCUGUGCACUCCUUGAGUGACGAUGCUCGGAAGUCUAUUGUGGAUCGUAACAAUAUAUUUGGCGGAACCUUUGCAGCAGAGUUGGCAAACGAGAGCGGU